AUGGCGAUGGAGUCAGCCUCGGCGUCGGCUCCGGGGGUUGUUGCCAUGGAGAUCCCGGUGCGAGGUGCGCUCCCGGUGGUGGAGGAAGACGAGGGUUACAGCGCGCCGCCGCCGGGGUCCGAGGAGCGACUUCGGUACCGUCGAGGAGGAGGGAGACGGCGGCGAGGGGUGCCGUUCAACCGGGGCGGCUAUUACAUGCUGAUAGUGAUCGGGGAGAUCGGCACGGAGCACCAGCUGGACAACGCCAAGGCGCAGAUACAGCGAGGAAUUCGAUCCUGGGACGUCGACCUCAAGUGCUGCGACCUUGAUCAGCAGCUGCAGCUGUUUAUAACUCGUCACUCCGCCCACUUCUCCUCCGAGGUCAGAGGACAAAGAACUCUCCACCACAGAAGUGAUGUCCUAGAGACUGUGGUGCUUGUCAACCCUUCAGAAGACACUGUCGUAUCAGAGAUCCAGUCUCUAGUCACAGACUCAGCAGGACACAAGCUUCUGGUCUUAAGUGGCCAGGGCUCAGAUCACGGUGGCCUUCUUCUUCAAACUGGGGUUUUCACCUACCAGACCUUUUCACGUGUCUUUGCUGAUCCUGGGGUCAGUGCAUUACUGGGCACAACAGCCCCCAAGCAGCAGGCUACACUUACUGUGUCCUGCCGCGGGGAGGUGGGCUGGAGCUCCCUGGGACAGCAGCAGACCCUGCGGGAGUUUCUGGAAUACAAACUAAACCCUGAGCCUGUUCUUCUCAAGAUGGAGGGCGUCACAGAGUUCACAGAGUAUAUCUCUGAGACGGUCGACGUCCCUUCACCUUUUGACCUCCUGGAGCCACCCACCUCCGGAGGCUUCCUGAAACUGUCCAAGCCAUGUUGCUACAUCUUUCCUGGUGGACGAGGAGACUCUGCUCUCUUUGCUGUGAAUGGCUUCAACAUCUUAGUGGAUGGAGGCUCUGAGCGAAAAUCAUGCUUCUGGAAGCUGGUUCGUCACCUGGACCGCAUUGACUCAAUUCUACUCACACACAUCGGUGCUGACAAUCUCCCAGGUAUCAAUGGGCUGCUUCAUAGGAAGAUAGCAGAACAGGAGGAGGAGCAGUCUCAAGGCUCCACCAACUAUAGUGACUGGAUGAAGAACCUGAUCUCUCCUGAGCUAGGUGUGGUAUUCUUCAACGUGCCAGAGAAGCUCCGAAUGCCAGAAUCUAAUCUUAAAGUGAAACGCAGCAUCGAAGAGGCCUCGCUGACUCUGCAGUACCUUAACAAACUAGGAAUCAAGCCGGAGCCUCUCUGCCGAGUUGUCAGCAACACCAUUGAGCCCAUUACUCUGUUCCACAAGAUGGGUGUGGGCAGGUUAGACAUGUAUAUUCUCAACCCUGUCAAAGACAGUAAAGAGAUGCAAUUUUUAAUGCAGAAGUGGGCUGGCAACAGCAAAGCCAAAACUGGCAUUGUGCUGCCCAAUGGGAAAGAAGGAGAAAUAUCUGUGCCCUACCUGACAUCAGUUACAGCCUUAGUGGUCUGGCUCCCUGCCAACCCUGCAGAAAAGAUCGUCCGAGUGCUGUUCCCUGGGAAUGCACCACAAAACAAGAUCCUAGAGGGGCUGGAAAAAUUAAAACACCUUGACUUCUUGCGCUAUCCUGUCGCCACACAAAAGGACAUUGCCUCAGGAGCACCGCCCUCUGUUAUAAAACAAACCAAGUUAAAACAAAGAACAGAUAGCAAAGAGAGCCUCAAGUCCUCCCCAAAGACUACUGCAAAGGCCUCAAAGAAAGAAACUGAAGGACAAGAUGAUGUGUCAGCUGCCACAGAGGCAAAGAGUGACUCUGUAAAGGAAAAUAUAUCAGAAAAAAGAGAGGAGAAAAAGCAUACAAAAACUAUAAAAUCUAAAACUGAUGUGCCAGAAAAGAAAAAACUGUUAAAAGAAAAAUCCUUAAAAAAGCACCCCAAGGAAAGGGUGUCAAAAAUGGAUGAGAAAAAGGACAAGGAAAAGAAAGAGAUCAAGAAAGUAAAGAAAGAUGACUCUGCUAAAAAGGAUGAAAAGAAGGAUGUAAAGUCCAAAGAGGACAAAAAGAAAGACACAUCCAAACCCGAGCUGAGAAAAAUAACAAAGCCUGACCUGAAACCAUUUACACCAGAAGUCAGAAAGACUUUACAUAAAGCUAAAGUGUCGAGUAGAGCCAAGACGGGCAAAAUCAAAGCAGCAAAAGCUGAACCUGCUGAACCGAAGGCAGAAGAGCCAAAACCUGAAACUGUUCAACCUGAACCAAUAGAGAAUGGAGCUGUGGAGGGUAUAUCUGCUCCCUCAACUCCUGAAGACCUCACCAAGGAUUUUGAGGAACUGAAAAAAGCUGAAGUUGUAGCUGUUUCAGCAGAGCCACCAGACAGUAACAAGGUUUCAUUGGAGCAGACAGCACAAAGCCUUACCCAAGAGAAGCAGGAAGCACAAGAAACUAUAUCUGAAAUUCCACCUGCCACAAAGUCUCCAGAAAAGGAAGCCUCAGCCCCAGAGGCAGAAGUUGAAGACAAAGACAAGGAGUUGACACAAGAGAGAGAAAUGGAAGAGGCUCAGAAGUUUGAGGAUGAGGGAGCAGCAACUCAGGAUGAGGAAGAGGAAGAGGAGGAAGAAGAGGCCCCAACUGCUCCGAAGAAAACAGAAGAAGAGGAGGAAGAAGAUAUGGGAAUAGGUGAAGAGGAAGAUGAAUCGAAAUGGAAGGAGGCAAAAGACGAUGGGCUUGAUAGGAAACAUGAGAUAGAAGAAAUGGAGAAAUCAGAAAAUCUCUCAGCUAUGGUUGUGACAAAAGAGGAGCUACACAUGACUCCAUCUGAAGAGGAGGAGGAGGAGGCAGUGGAGAAAGCUGAACUGGAGGAGGUAGAAGAUUUAGAUGUAAUAGCGGAUGAAGAGAUCAAAGUCAAACCUGAAGACGCAGCUGAGGAGCAAACGGCCACUGAAAGCAAACCCGCUGAAAUUCUGACUGCAGCCAAAGAUGAAGAAGAAGAAGAAGAAGAAGAGGAGGAGGAGGGCUACCUGUCACAUGUUGGAGGGGCCACAGCUCCCAUAACCUCAGUAGCUCAAGGAGCAGCUGCAGCUGAACCCAUCUCCUACAUCCAAGACGAGACCAUCCCUGGCUACUCUGAGACAGAGCAGACCAUCUCCGAUGAGGAGAUUCACGAGGAGGCAGAGGAGAGGAUACCACACCUUCAGUACGACGUUGGUGCCUAUGACAUCUCUGUUCCAGAUCAGACUGAAUCGUUUGUAAACAUUCAUGGCAUGAGGGAGAUGCAAGCUGCAGCUAUGACCGAGAAAAGCUUUAUCCCAGGUGUGCAGGAGCAAGUAUCAGUGUUCACGAACAUCAUCACUGCUCCUCUAGCAGAAGAGGAGCAUGUGUCUUCUGCAACAUCCAUCACAGAGUAUGACAAAAUGUCCUCCUUCCCUACUUCUAUUGCCGAAGACCAAUCUGUGGCAUCUGUCGCAGCACCUCCAGCUGAGGAACCACCCAAAACCCCCGUUCCCCUGUCGACCCCACCUGACACUACUCAAGGCAAAGAACAGCCACUCUCUGCAGGAACUCUUUCACCGCCUUCUUUAGAAGAAGACAAACAAUCCAAGUCUCCAUCCGAUGACUUGCAACUUCCUGUUGCAGAAAUGAAGAUGGGGGCUAAAGCUCGCGAUGCUCCCGAUGAGGAGGAGGAAGAAGAGGAGGAGGAGGAAGAAGACCAAACUCCUAAUGUUGACAUUUCACUUGAAAAACUCCAAGAAGGCUAUGCUUCGUCCCAGUUAAUACAGGGUAAAGAGAAAGAUACUGAAAAGCUUCCAGGCUCAGUGUCUCCAGUUUUGAAGUCUAUACAAGACACCAAACCAGUCCACCUACCGGUUGAAGAGGAAAAUAUAGAUGCUGUUGCACCUAAAGAUAUUUCAUCUGUUGUGCCUACUAGACCUUUUGGAUCAGACUCAGUAACUUCAGAGAGUGAAGAGCGCUGCUACAGUCCGGAUGAUAUCACUGUGAAAAUGGCUUCUCCUCCACAAUCCGGACCACCCAGUGCAACUCACUCUCCACUUCGACAGUCACCAGUGGAAGACAAGAUGAAGGUCUUCCCUGAUUUGGAGUUGCAAAAGCAAGAUGAGCUCUUCGAUAUAGUCACAGCAACUGAAGACAAAACUAAAAAGGAAGAUGAAGCAGAAACAGAGACACGAGAAGAUGUUAACAGACAGAAAGCAGAGCCGCAUGAAAUUGAGGUUUCAACAUCUUUGGACAAAUCGUUUGAGAAGGAAAUGAAAGAGCCACCAGUGAUGAAGGAGCCAGAAAAAGACACUUCAUCAGUCUCAAAAGAUGAAGGAAAAAAGACAGAGACAAUCCCUGUUGUUGCUGCUACUUUAUCAGAAGUUCAGCCACCCGUGUUAGCGAGGGAUUCCCUCAUCUCAUCUGGAAAAAGUGAUGAGAAGGCCGAUGAAGGGCUCGAAGGGAAAGAACCUAAAGUACCUCUUCCAGGUAAAUUUCCAGAUGGUGAUAACAAGAAGGAUGAUGAUGAUGAUGAUCAUGAUGAUAAAUCUGCAGUUAAAUCUGUCAAGGUGGAACAGGAGAAAGAAAAAGAUGACACCUCCGAUGUCAUACAAUUCAAGGAUGAGCAGAAACAGAAAUCUGUCAUCCAGGAAGACAUUUCUGCUGUUAAGUCCAUCACGGAUGAGAAAGCAGAGACAGAGGCAGUAAAGGAUGAUACAUCUGAUAUUAAACCUAUCAAAGAAGAGCAAAUUGCGAAGGACGUUGUCACUGUUGACAGAGCCAUUAAAGAUGAAGAGAAAGAGCCUGAAAAAGACCACACUCCUGAAGUCAAAACUAUUAAAGAAGCAGAGCCAGAAAUUGCUGCCUCAGAGGCCAUACAAAUCAAAGAUGAGCAGAAGCAGAAAGAUAUAAAACCAGAGGAUGAUUUUGACCUCAAAACCAAAGGUCACGUUAUUGAGACAGAGGUUAAAAAGGAUGAUGUGUCUGAUAUUAAGAUUUUGAAAGAGGAGAAGGAAGUGACAGAGAAGGGUGAUUCUUUUGAUAUUAGCUCAAUAAAAACUGGAGAGAAAGAGACUGAAAAGGUCCAAGCCACAGAUAUCAAACCUGUUAAAGACGAGAUGGAGAAAGAGGCAAAGAAGGAUGUUGUGCACAUUGUUGAGCCUACUAAAGAUGAGAAGAAAAAGGAAACAGAAACAUCUGAUAUUAAAGUGAUAGAAGAUAAGAAAGAGGAGAAAGAGAUAGAUGGUUCUGAUACCAAGCCCUUUACAGAUGAGCAGAGGGAAAAGGAAAAAGAGAUGGGUGACAUCAUUGUUGCUAAACUCACCAAAGAGGAAGAAAUUAUUAGAAAGAGUGAUACAUCUGGUGUUACCAGGAAAGAAGAAAAGGGGCAAGAGAUUUGUAAAGAUGCUAUCUCAGCCAUCAGCCUCACUGGGGUGGAGGAAAAGGAUGUAACAGUGUGUAAAGAUGCAAAGUCGACCACAGAGCAAGAGAAAGAGACAAGUAAAGAUGAUAGUUCUGACACCAAACUCUCCAAGGAGCAGGAAAUAGAUAUGACAAAAAGGAAGGACGAUGGUUGCCUCUUCAAAUCUACUAUGGAAGAAGACAAGAGGGAGGACACAAGUAAAUAUGAUACUGCUGCUAUAAAACUUACUAAGGCAGAGGAAAAAGACAAACUCCCCAGUAAGGAAGAUACUUCUGCUGUUAAACCAACAGUUGUAGAAGAAAAGGAACAAGAGGAAGGUAAAGAUGAUACUGCUGCCAUUAAACUUAUCAAGAUGGAGGAAGAGCAUGUCCUAGUAUAUAAAGAUGAAGAUUUAUCUGCCACAUCAACCAAGGUAGAAGCAAAAGAGACAAUUAAGGAUGCUGUCGAUCCGGUCAUGGAGGAAGAAAAGGGGCAAGAGACAUAUAAAGAUAAAGAUGUCACUUCUGCUGUCAGAGCCGCCAAGAUAGAGGAAGAGGAUGUAAUGAGCGAAGGUAUUUCUGCUGUCAAAACAUCUGAGGACGAAACAAGCACAAAAGAUGACAUUUUGGUUGUUAAACCCACCACGCAAGAUGAAAAGGAGAAAGAAAUUAGUAGAGAUAUCUGUGCUGUCCAAUCAACGAUAAAAGAAGAAAAGGAGAAAGCUGUAGAUAAGGAGGAAACUUUAACUGUGAAACCAUCCAAGGAGGAAGAUGUGUCAACUCAGGAUGGCAUUGCUAUCAAAUCCAUCAAGGAAGAAAAAGAUACGGUUGCAAUUAGGGAUGAAAUUUCUGGUGAGAAACCAACCAAGGAGGAGGAAAGCAAGGACACUGCUAGUGUAAAACCCCUUACAGAAGAGGAGAAGAAGGUAGUUCAGGAGUUGAAAGAUGUUACACCUGAUGUAAAACUCCCAAAGGAGGAGUCAAAAGAAAUCCUGAAGGAUGAAAUUUGUGAGAAAGAAAUGAAGGUCAAAGAGGAAGAAAAAAGUGAUAUUACUGAUUCUGUAUCCAUUAAGGAGCAGAAGGAAAAAGACAUAGAUGACACCUCUGUUGUAACAACAAAGGAUGACAAAGCGUUGGAAAUUGGCAUUUCUGACAAACAGGUAAAAACACUGGAGGUUAAAGGAGAGGAGAAGGGAGACAUCUCCGACCACAAAACCAUUUUGGAGAAAAUUAAGGACGAAGAAACUGAACAAGAUGGCACAAAACAGGAGAAAGAACCAGACUCUAGUGUUGAGCAACCCAAGGGCAUGAACGACCAAGAGCCAUCUAAAGUAGAAACCAUCAAGGAGGAAAAGAAGGAAUCCAUCAAACAGGACACAGAGGAGAAGUCCACUCCAACGUUUAGCAUCAAAGAUGAGAAAAAAGGGAAAGAUGAUUAUCCUUUUGAGUCUGAAUCUAAGACAGAUGAUAAAAAAGAGGUGGAAAUUCCCCUGUCUCAGGCCUCGGAAGAAGAGAAAACUACAAAGGAUGAUAUUUGUGAUGUUAGUGAUACAAAUAUUCUUCAAGAAACCUCUGAUAAGCUUACUGAAACACAGAAAGAGAAGGAAACGUUUGGUGCUACAUCAACAGAAAUGCAGCAAGACACUUCUGUUACUACAUCAAGUGAAGUCCUGAAACAAGCGACAGAUGACAUUUGUGUAUCUCCCAGCCACAUCAAGGAGGAGAAAAAAGAACAAGACAAAGACGCAACGGUCAUUAUUAGUCAAGAAGAGAAGAUGGAGAAAGAAAAAGAUGACACACACGUUGCUGAACUGAGCAAAGAACAGAAAAUGGAAAAAGAACAAGAAAAAGAAUACACCUAUGGCACUGAGGACAUCAAAGAUGAAAAGACAAAACCAGAGGAGGAUGAAAAACUGGUUAAACAGAAGGAUGUUGCUGACACAAGGACAGAUGAGAUCACUGAGAAAGAAAAGUAUGACUCUUCUGACACAGACCACACCAAAGAGGAGAAGUGGGAGCGAGAGGAGUUACAAGAGAAAGACCUGGACAAAGCCAUUAAACAGCCCACACAAACAGUAUUAGGAGAAGCAGCGACAGCAUCCAAGUUGGAUUACAAACCUGCAUUUGUGGUUCAGUCCUCCGAUGAAGACAGGGAAGAUGAAGAGGAGGAGGACAUUUGUAUGGGAGGAGCUGGUUCCAGACCUUUGUCAGUUGAGCCAAGAAAAUCAGACCAUGACAUCUCCUCUGCAGGUCUGCCUUUAUCCCAAACCCCACAGACGAGUGACCAAAGUAAACCACCAAUAACAGAACAGACUACGGUGAUCAUACCAACACUUACAAUGCAGGAGCCCUCUAUUGAUGAAGACAUGAAAGAGCUUGGCAAAGAAGAAUCCAGACUUUCACCUCAAGAGGGCACAGACGUUGUGAAAGCAGAAACCACACCUGCACCACUUGCCAAACCAGAGCCCUCCUUUGAUAUUGUCAUAUCAAAGGAGGAGAUGACCUCUAUUCCAAAACAAGAAACAGCUUCUGAUAUCCCAGCAGCUAAAGCAGAACCGAUGUCAGACUCAACUGAUAAAACGCCUGUGCUGUCAACAGUGUCAAGCACUGACAGUCAACCCAGGAGCUGUACACUGUCGAGCACUGAGAGCCAGUCCAGUGUGGAUGAAACACCACAACAAGAGAAACAGAUACCAUCUCAGACAAGUUCAGGAGUCAGUUCUACAGAAAAGACAAAGCUGGAUGAGAAACCAGGAAAGGAAGCAGAGAGAGAGAGGGAAGGAGAGCGAGAGUUGGCUUCUCCAGGAUUAUCACAGCCUUGUUCAUAUUUUAUGUUGGACAAAGAUUCUGAGGACUCCAGCCACACUGAAGUGGUAAAAUCAGACACUGCAAAAAUGGAGAGUGUAAAUAAAAUGACCUCAGAGAAGGAAGUGGUCAGUGGAGGUCUCGGAGAUGAAAAACAAACUUUUGGUGCGUCCAAAUAUGAUCCGUAUGAAAAGCCCAUUCCAAAGGAUCAUGACCUGGACUCCAGAGAAGAAAGUGAGGUUUCUUUAGGUUUUGAGCAAGCCUCUGAUAUGGGUAUUGAUGAUAACAGACGAACAAGCCAGACAGAGGCUGGAGGAGCCAUGUUCCUCCUGGAUGAUCAGUACAAAGAAGAGCCUCUGUCCUUUAGUAGAGUUGACUACAGCCCAGUGUCCCUCACAGAGAGUGAAAGGAGUAGCCACCACAGCCGAAGUGCCUCGCCUAAAUAUGAAGACAGAGAGAAAGGCCAAGAGGAAGAGAGGGAGAGAGAAGAAAGACCAGAUACACCUUGUGUUGACAAGAGCUUUACAGCCAUGGAAAUGCAGGAUAACAAAAUGUCCCAGGCUGCUGAGUGUUAUUCUUUCAGCCCAAAAGAGGACAAACCUGAGAAAUCAGAGAAAGAGAAAGAAGAUAUGAUGGAAGGUGCUGCAGCAGCUGUUCAAACAGUGCCAACAGGAGAAAGUGAUAAGGUUUCUACUAGUGCGGCUGUUCAAUCCACAAGUCCAUCAUCAAGACAAGAAACGCCCUCUCCAUCAUGGAGCCAAUCAGAUCUUGGUCCCCAAGUUGAAGCUGCUCCUGUAGCUUUUGAAGAAUUCACAGAAACGAGAACAACUGAAAAAGAUAAAGAAAAAUCUGCUGAGUCGCUCAAACACAAAACAGAGUUCUCUGAUCAUGAAAGACAAGGCUCUCCAUCCGGUCGACAUUCGCCUGCAGAAAAAGACAUUAUACCUCAGCAAGCAUCACUUUUAGAGAAAGAGGAAACUUCACGUGAUUCAAGGACUGCACCUGCCACCACAUUUUUAGGACAUGAAAUAGAUGAUAAUGUUUUGGCGUCUGACAAUAGUCAAAUUAGCAGCUCUGCCACUUGUAAAUCCAUGUUAGACUUCCCUGAAGGAAAAGAGAGCCUGAUAGACAAAAGGUUACUUGUAGAGGGGGAAGAUUUCAAUGUUGAUGAUGAUGAAGAUGAGGAGGAGGAUGAGGAGGAGGAAGAAGAGGAGGAGUUAAGUGAUAUAGAUAUGGAAAAGGGUGCCAGAGAACAGUCUGAAAAAGAAAUGUGCAGACGUAGCUCUGAUGAUAGUGCUACGUUAGCAGAGGGAGAGGACUCAAAUAAAAAGUCUCAGUUGCCUGAAUCAAGCUUCCUUAAAGAGGAAAAAGUCUGUAAACCAACACCUGAUGAUGCCUCAGCUUCUAAAGUCACAGAGACAUACAAAGAGGACACGAGUAAAAAACCUCCAUCUCCUGAAACAAAACCACUCAAAGAAGAUGAUACAGCUGGUGAUACAGCCACAUCCAAACUUCCUGAGACAAAGAGUGAAGAUGUAGGUAAAACAACCACAUCACCAGACUCAGGUGCUCUCAAAAAGGACGAAAGCUCUUUUACUACAUCAGAUGCCGCAAAACCUCCUGAAACACAGAAAGCAGAGGACACAGACAAAAAGCACUUGUCUCCUGAACCAACCACAAAGAGAAGGUUGUCAUCAGCAGAGGAUUUUACCUCCUCUGAGGUACUAGACUCAAGAAAAGGAGAAGAAGACAAAGUGUCGCCACCAAGUUUUUUGACAAAGGAAACUUAUCAACCAAUGUCCACAAGCAGCUUGACAGGCAGCUUUUUGCCACCUGACCAUUCAGAAACCACAUCCAAGACUACGUCUAGUCCCUCCCCUCCGCUAAGAGGCAGCUAUGCCGAUAUUGGACAGAGCAGAUCUGGAGGCUAUUCUGAGCAUUUCUAUAGUGAGGAGAGUCAGGUAGAAUUGAAGGAGGAUAAGAAAGAAACCUUUGUGCUCUCAGAUGCAUCCCAGCUAUCCAAGCUCAGUGAAGAUAAAUAUUGCAGCCAACAAGACAUCCAAGGCGAAAGUCUGGAUGAGAGGCAGACCACAGAUAUCACCACAAAGCAUGAGGAAACUUCCUCAUCAUCUUGCACAUACACCUCCUUAACAUACUCUUCUUCAACAUAUUCCUCCACAUCGUAUAGUUACUCAUCCUCAGCCUCAACUUCUGCGCCUUUGAGCCAACGGUUGGGAGACAAAGGUGAAACUUCCACAACACUAUCAAUCUCUGAACUAAGUACAGCCAAAGAGGAGCCAUCCUUCAGGAAAGAGUCUACAAGCCCCUGCUUUGGAGGGUUUCAGAGAGAUGAGUACAUGGAGGUGACGACAAAACCUGCAACAAAAGUGUCUAUACCUAGCCAGUUUGAUGAGACCAAACCAUCAUCUCCAGUCUUUUCCACCACUGCCAAACAGACUGAGGAUCAAAGUGGUUCUGCAAAGCCUGAAACGGACACAAAGUCAAGCACUGACAGUUUCUAUAUGCUUGAAACUAAGAUUACAACAUCCUCCGCGGUACCAUCUCUACAAAGUACCGAACCAGUAAAGGUGUCAGAGAGCUUAUCCACAUCUGAGGCUUGCUUUGAUGUCUCUCCCCUCCAGAGGGCUGAUUCCUCUGAAAGGGUGUCCCAAGGGUCAGCAGAAGACGAGCCUGAUACACUUGAAAUGGAGGACAGCACCCUACCAUGUCGUAUUGAAUGUCAAAAAAUCAAAGUUGCUGAGCAAAAAGAAAGUUUUUCAUCAAUAACUGAGUCAUAUGUGGUAGAGAGUACCACACACUCCACAGAGACGAAGACAGUCACUAUCACCUCUUCUUCUGUUGUGUCCAAACCUGAUGUGGUAAUGGAAACAACUCAACAGACAGCCUCAGUUACUCCACUGAGUGAUAGUGGAGCUAGCAAAACCACAUGUGCCACAACAGAUGUGUCCAAAACGGAGGAAGAUAAAGAGAAAAAGGAGAAAACACCAAAGGUAAAAGAGGAGAAGACAAGCGGAGCUGUUGCACCUCUUGAGGAAGAUGCAAAGGUGUCUGAAAAAGAAACAAAAGAAAAAGAUGAAAAGACAGAGACUCCGAAAGACAGUGAAGUCAAACAGAAAACAGAGGAUAAAAAAUUGGAGGAAAAGACUUCUAAAGAUGGUUCAGAGGAGAAGAAGGAAGCAUCUGAUCCAAAAGUGUGUGAAAAAGCAGAAGAGGGUAAGGAAGAAGAGUUAGAAAGAGUAGAGGAGAAAAGCUUGUUGGAAAAGCCAUCAGAGAGAUUAGAGAUCAGGAGAAAGAGCAGUAUAUCUGAUUGGGAGCUACUACAGAGGCCUGAUGACUGCCCAAGUGCCCCUCCACCAGGUUAUGGUGAUGAGGAUGAAGAGGAUGAGGAAGCAAUGGAAGCAAUGGAAUGGAUGGCCAGUGUCCAUGGUACAUCUAUGUCCUCCACAAAAGAUACCUAUCACACAGAAACAUCUGCAAAGGCUGAUCGUCCCUCUGAUUUGGACACUGGAGCCACGUCCUCCUCGGCCUCCCACCCAGGCUACUCCUCCUGUGAAUAUAAACAUCGCAAAGGCGAACUUUCUCCAUCAUUCAUCAACCCGAGCCCGCAUCAGCUCUCCAGUGAUGAGGGCGAGGGCGAGGAGAACGGCCAUAGCGACCACUCCCAGGAAGGGGACGAGGAUGAUCAGGAGCAACACUCUGUGAAAAGGAGGUCACACAAGCAGAGGCGCCACCAUGCUCCAAGUUACCAUGGAGACACUGGACAGGGGUCACACCAGCUGCCCGGUGCCACGUCAUCUGGUUUGGCUGUGACGUUAGCAGGAGAGGAAACGCCUCCGACAUCAGUGAGCGAGUCUUUGCCUUCGCAGUCUGACUCUGACGUGCCUCCAGAAACUGAGGAGUGUCCGUCCAUAACAGCUGAAGGAAAUCUGGAUUCGGAUGAAGACGCUGAACAUCUGCCGGUGGACAAAUUAUCUGCAUCUGGAGGUGGAGGGGGUCAUCAUCCUCCAUCACCAAGGUCAGCUCAGAAGUCUCAUGAUCCCCUCCCUACCCCGAUGAAGGACCCUCUUCCUCACCCUCCCCACCCAGAUGUGUGCAUGGUAGACCCAGAGGCUCUUCUCAAUGACCACAGCAGCACAGAGAAACUUCUUAAGAAGGAGCACAAGACCACCAAGGGCCUCAGGAAGGGAAAACCCAAGUCGGCCUCCCCCGCUCGUAAGGGGGAAGUCAGGAAGAGGUCCUCUACUCCAGUGAAGCAGACUUCCAAGGACUCUGCCUCCCCUCGAUCAGCCUCCCUCAGGAGGAAGGACACAGACAGAAGCUCCAGGCUGAUCAAGAUGUCUGAGACCCAAGGCUCCAGGAUUGAGAUCCUCAAUCCGGGGAAAGGCUUGGUCAAUGGUGUCAAGAGCAGUUCAGUAAACAACUCCCAGAAAACUAGCUCGGCCGUCCCCCCGGGCCCGCCCGUCUACGUCGACCUGGCUUAUGUGCCCAACCACUGCAGUGCCAAGAACGUGGACCAGGAAUUCUUCAAGAGAGUGCGAGCCGCGUACUACGUGGUGAGCGGGAACGACCCGAGCAGCGGCGAGCCCAGCCGCGGAGUCCUGGACGCCCUGCUGGAGGGCAAAGCUCAGUGGGGCUCCAAUUUACAGGUGACUCUGAUCCCGACCCACGACACGGAGGUGACCCGGGACUGGUACCAGCAGACCCACGAGAGGCAGCAGGAUCUGAACAUCAUGGUUCUGGCCUCCAGCAGCACCGUAGUGAUGCAGGACGAGUCCUUCCCUGCCUGCAAGAUUGAGUUCUGAGCUUGACGAGCCCCGCUGUGCUCUCCCCUCUCAUCCUCCCCCUCCCUGUCAUCUGUUCUCACUGGAGGUAGAGCGAGAGCGAACAGCGCUUCUUCAAAGCUUCUCGCUCUCUCAUGGUACCAGUCUCAAACACAUUUGCUGCAGCCCUCAAUACGCUAGAUUCUGUAAGCUGCAAUCAAAGUCCAAACUCUGGGUUUAUGCUCUGUGUGACAGUGGGGUUAUCACGCAAAUAAUAACAUACUUUCACGUUUGCUUUCUUCUGUGGGUUAAUCACAGAAGACCCCCACUCUGUGAUUAACAAGUCAAAUAAUUUUCAAUAAUAUCAUCACAGUUAACAGCUUUAUUUGCCUCAUAUCUAACAGAGAAAUUGACAUUAUUAUCCCACAAAUAUGUAACGCCACAGUUAAAUUAAAGAUGAGAAAGGAAUUGUUUUUAAACUGUUGGCUCACAUCACAAUUAACUUGGAAAUGUUAUACUUCCAAGUGGCAAAUUUCUUGUCCAAAGGGCCAAAACAAGUGCCAAAAAACAAAAUUCUCAUCAGUCAACGUCUCCAAAAUAUCUCCGAAAUUAAUCAGCGAUCAGUAAUUUGUUUAGAUUGUAUGCACAGUGUUUUUAGAAAUGUCUUAAUUUGAAGCUAUCUUUUCCAUCUGUGCACAUGACAAAACUCAUCCUUUGCAAUUCUGCUCACGCUACAGUAGUUUUUGGACUAACUCAAUAAUGACAUAAAUUGAUGUUCUGUAUUAAAAAAAAAAAAAGUUCCUUCUUGUCAUUUGUGGUGAAGUUUUAGGAGGUGCCUGAAGUUGACACUGUUUCGGCUUUCACAGCUUCGCUGGUGCAUGAUGCUUGCGUUUUUAGCUCGGACUCUUUCAGAACUGCAUAGGGUUAAUCCUUUCUUUAGCCGGCCUUCAAGUGUGGAAUGCAGUAUAGUGUAGAUAGGUUACUACACUGUUUGGCCAUCUAUGCUCAAGUGAAUUCAAUAGGCGCCAGGCAAAGGAACGAUGUUUGUACACUAAUCAUAUCUCUGCUGGAUGUAAUGGCUCCUCUUUAAGUCUUUAUCAUGGUCUUUGUUGGUUGUAUGUACUCCAGUAUACAUAUAGGAUAAAUGUUUCUAUAUCAAUACAGAGGUUAUGUUACAUAAAUGAUAUAUUUUGUGAUGAUGCAGCAAAUUAUGAUCUGCGGUGAAUGCAGCGUUUUUGAUCACGCAUUUAAGAAGAAGAAGGUUUAAUUAACAUUUCUGUCAUUUCCUCCUGUUCAGCUCCAUUUUACCGUCUCUGUCAAUAUCACAAAGCGAUGGACAAAACAAGCAGUGACCUGUGACAAAUGUAGCAAAGGAAGCUUGUGCGCUAGUCCCUUCACAGGGAAGGUUACGCCAGUGGGAACUGCAAUAUUUAUAUUUAUUAUUGGGGUAAUUUUUCAGGAAAUAAUAAUGUGAAGUGUGUUACAGGAGGCUUCUCUCAUGUGCCUUUAGCUUGUGGUUUGGGAGAGAGGGGAGUAUUUUAAGGACAUGUCAGCCUUUUUGAAGCAGAGCCAGAAACCAGGGUAAAAUCCAAGAAACCAAGUACACAACUUUGAAAUAGAGGACCAAUCAGUUCAUACAGCACACGCACAAACCUUAUCCACACCCAGGAUACUCUGAAAUAGCACGCCUACAUGGAAAUCAACCUUCUAAUCCAAAUAAGCGUUAAUUCCACAUUCUGAAACGCCACUUAGCCAAACCAGUAUGAAUGUCGCAGAGCGAAGUGUUGCACCAAAUAGGAACGUACUGACGUGGGGUUUUUGUUUGCGGGUGAAGCACAGAGAGUAGCAGAAAAUAACGUUUCAGUGUGAUAUAAUGACCGAAUCUUAACCCCAGAGUGAUGUUUAUAGAACGAGCAUGAAUGUGAUGCUUAUGAUUGCACUAGACGCAGUUAUAGAGGAAUGCCUCUGGAGUAGUCCUGUGUGUGUGUGUGUGUGUGUGAGCAUACGAUACACACCGAGUAGCAGUUUUUGUAAGGCAGCGUAGUUUGUUUCUGACGGUGACGUGGCGAGUGAGUUUUCCGUGGGUUCCGUAUGAAAGGUCUUUCUGCUUGUUCAAGGCCAGAUUGGAGAGACGCUCGCGUUAAAUUUACAUGAACUUUUUAUUUCUUCUUUUAGGCCCGAAUUCUCCCAAUGUGUGCUGAGAAGCAAGCAAAUUCUGAUUAUUUGUUUACAUUAAUUUUUUGUCUGUGUAGGAAGUCGGCUCGUGCAGACACGGCUCAUCGCACGCUUGUGAUUUUUGUUGUUGUGAGGACUGAUUUGAGGCGAGUGGACAGGCCAGGCUGGGCCAGGCGUGAGGGGGUGUGGAUGUCCACAAAGGACUUUGUUUGAGCUAUUGAUGACAGAUUGACUGUCAGGAGGAUGUUGCCAACUAAACGCAGGGAGGAUCCUCUGCUUGCACCGUCUUAACUUCACUCACAUUCUUUCCCCUCAACCUGAUCUGGAACAAACUCUGCAGAAGGCUUGAGCCUGUUGUCAGCUUGUGCUGGCCUGGGACCAGUGCCAUAUCCUCUCCCUGUAAAACUCUCACAGUACCUUAUACCUCAUCUUCCACAGCCUCCCUCCUCUUCGCUCUGCCUGGCCUCCCUUUAGCUCCUCUUUAUACUUGUCCGUCAUGUGUAAGAGGCAGACAUAGCUUAUCCCACUCGGGAGAAUCUGAGUUUGAUGCAAGUUAUGUGUAUUAAACAGCUGGGCAUGCACGAGUAGACACACACACACACGCACACACCCUACUGUGGAGGGAGUUGAUUGCCUGAAGACCACAUUAAGACGUGCACACUGAGGGGACGGUGAAGGUUCCCGUGAAAACAGUUCAUGCCUAAUUGUUUGCGAGCCAAUCGAUCAAGCAAAAAGUCCUCCUCACCCCGUCUUCUGCUGUCUAGAAAUGUGUCCACAAGCCAGUGAGAAGCUUUCCAAUGCAUGGAUCAGGUUUCGUGGAUGGUCUGACAUGCUGUACUGUCUUUGAAUGAUGUUUUUAAGUUGGCAGAUUCCAAAUACCCGGCCUUGAGACUUUCAAGGCAUCAGUAAGAACGCUGUGAAUCACUCAAUACUGAACUGUGUGACUAUACAGAAGCUGAAUGCACUAUACCGGAGAUCUAUUUUUCUGAAUGUAGAGUUGGUACUACCAUGCGAAUGCUGCUGGAUCAAAAACAAUACACAAAAAAAAAAAAAAGAAAAAAAAAAAAAAAACAACCUUUGCACCAA